GUGCGCGCUCAAGGGAUCCAAAGCUCCGCUAGUCGUAUCAUGGGUCUGCUCGUGGAAGGUAGUCCGCUUGACUGGCCGGAUGCCUUAGAGUGGCUGCAGCAUGUGCGCACGCAGGGCAUCGACCAAUUCCUGCACACAUACAACCGCGUAAAGGACAUCGAGGGCGAUGAGCUCAAGUGGGGCGACGAGCUCGAGUACGGCGUGUUUCACAUGGAUAAGGAGACCAAACUUGCCCGUCUGGCGCUGCGUGGUGCUGAGAUUUUGCGCCAACUACAGGCCAAAGAGAAGAAAUCCGAGGAGCAGGGCCGCAAGCCCGGGAGUCCAAAGGCCGCCGCGGGUCCCUGCGUGGAAGGUUGCAACUGGGUCCCUGAAUAUGGCGGUUGGAUGAUCGAGGGCACGCCCAGCGCGCCCUACGGCGGUUUCACCAGCGAUCUACGCAAGGUUGAAGGCAACAUGCGAUUGCGACGUGCGCGUCUUCUGGCGCUGCUGAACGAGGACGAGAUCGCGCCGUCCGUCACGGCCUUCCCCAUGAUGGGCGUCGGCGACUUCACCAUGCCGCCUAGUCAGACACACGGGCCCGUAGCCAUGUCAGACUACAUUAGCGACGCCAUUAUCAACCCGCACCCGCGCUUCGCCACGCUGACGCGGAACAUUCGUCAGCGUCGCACCAGGAAGGUGGACAUCCGCGUUCCGAUCUUCCGCGACGUGUACACGGAGGCGAGACAGGAGGAAGAGCAGGCGACGUGGAACGCUGAAAAGUCACGUCCUAAGUACGAGACCAAGAGGGACGAUGGGUCAGCGCCUACGUCGCCGAGUUCGGCCUCCAACUCGGAGGACAACGCUGAGUCCAAGUCGCCAAUGAGAAAAACACUGGACAGCGAGUUUAAGUCCGUUCGUAAGGGCUCCAUAGUGGACGGCGACCACAAGGCGGAGCCGUAUCCAGGCUUCAUCCACAUGGACGCCAUGGCUUUCGGCAUGGGCAUGUGCUGUCUGCAAGUGACCUUCCAGGCCAAGAAUGUGGGUGAGUCGCGACACUUGUACGAUCAUUUGGGCGUUCUUUCGCCCAUUUUGAUGGGUUUGACGGCUGCUACACCCAUUCUGAAAGGUCGAUUGGCUGACACGGACGUGCGUUGGGCUACAAUAUCUGCUGCAGUGGAUGAUCGUACGCCACAGGAGCUGGGCGAGGUGCCGCCUCCGUCAGACUCGGAAACUCAGGCGAAAUACGCCAAGAUGGCUGGCAAUGGCGUCAAGCGUCUGCCCAAGUCUCGCUAUGAAGGCAUCUCGACUUUUAUCUGCAACCACAAACAAGGCGAGGACCCCCACACGUCAACGGACAAGUACAACGACGUCGACGUACCGUACGACGAGGAAUCCUACAAGACUCUGAUUGACUCAGGCGUGGAUCGACUGCUGGCGCUCCACAUCUCGCACCUGUUCAUCCGUGACCCAUUGGUCAUCUACCAGCAACGUCUGCAUCUGGACAAUGAGCAUGAAACAGACCACUUUGAGAACAUCCAGUCCACAAACUGGCAGACUGUGCGCUGGAAACCUCCUCCGCCAGCGCCGCCGAGUUCUGAAGGCCCACACAUCGGCUGGCGAACAGAGUUCCGCUCGAUGGAGAUCCAACUUACGGACUUUGAGAACGCAGCUUUCACCGUGUUCAUCGCUCUGGUGUCGCGUGUGAUUCUUACAUUCGAUCUGAACUUGUACAUCCCGCUGUCCAAGGUGAACGACAAUAUGGAGGCAGCUCAUCGCGUGAACGCUGUGCUGGACGAGAAGUUCCAUUUCCGUUGCCACAUGGCUCCCCCUGAGGUCGAUGACUGCUGCUCCACGGGGUCGUGCCAUCUACACGACGAUCCGGACCGUUCUGAGCUUAUGACGAUCGCGGAGAUUAUGCUGGGCAAGGGCUCGUACUUCCCUGGUCUCAUCCCGCUGGUGUAUGCUUAUCUGGACCACAUUGAGUGCGAUGAAGCCACCCGGACUCUCGUGGAGAAGUACAUGUGUCUUAUUGCGAAGCGUGCGACGGGUGAACUGCCGACGGCGGCCACCUGGAUGCGUCGCUUUGUGCGCGCGCACCCAGACUACCGUCACGACUCGGUGGUGCCCCACUCAACGGCCUUCGACUUGUUGAAUGAGUGUCAGCAGAUUGGCGAGGGAUUGAAGCAGUGUCCAGAGCUACUGGGCGACUUUAAGAUCGCUCCUGUGCGAGGCCAGGCUGCUUACCGUGUGCCGCUGAAGAGCAGUGGAGUGGCUACCGAGAAACGCCAGGCUUUGCUGCAGCGAUACCUUGGACGUACCUCAUCGAACGUGUGUAGUACCUGCCACUGCUAAUAUAAUGCGCAGCAAGGUGCAACGCAAGCAACAAGUCGCAUCAAAUGAAUAUAUAUUGAGUUUCGA